UUAGCAUGGAUACUAACUACUGACACAGAACAUGUGAGUGUUCUGACAUUUUAUGGUGGGCCAAUCAUACACAGUCUUGUCUAUUGAAAGUGGAGCAACCAAAGAGAUCUUAUCAGUGAAGCAAAACCCCUUAAAGAAAAUGGAUCUUCCACUGUGUGCUGGCUGUGCGAUAUGUCUGCUUUUGGGAAACCUGAUGUUUGUGACAGGUCUGGCACCGUCGUCAUCAGGUUUAGGUUUUGAAGCCGUUAAUGUUGGCCAGGACGUGACUCUGAAAUGCUCCUAUAAGGAAAAAUCUGCAAUAGGCGCUUACUGGUACAAAGAAAGUCUGGGAUGGAAACCACAGCUGAUGUCGGAAUUCUUGGAACAUGCUACGAACGGCUCUAUGAAAAGUCCGUUUAAAAACGAUCCACGGUUUGAACUGGAUACGGGCGUCGGCAAAAACAACUUGAAGAUCUCAAAUGUCCAAACGUCAGACUCGGCCAUUUACUACUGUGUUACCAGCCACUCAUUCCAGUUCCACUUCUUGGAGGGCAUCACUGUCCAGGUGAAGGACUUAGCAUUAAACUUCCAAACGUCGAUCUACCAGUCAGAACUGGAAACCAUUCAUCCGGGAGAUUCUGCUACGCUGAACUGUACUGUGCACACUGGGAUCCGCGAUGGAGAACACAGAGUUUACUGGCUAAAAAACUCUGAUGAAUCUAAUCCAAGAAUCAUUUAUGCACAAGGAAACGGGAAAACCCAGUGUGAGAUGAAACCAAACAGACCAACUCACACCUGUGUGUACAACCUGCCACUGGAGAACCUGAACGCGUCUCACGCUGGGACCUACUACUGCGCGGUGGCCUUGUGUGGACACAUCCUGUUUGGAAACGGGACCAAGCUGCACUACAAGGAAAACCUGGAUUCUCCUGUCCUGCUGUACGUGUUGACAGGAACCUUGGCCUUCGUCAUCGUCCUGAUGGGUCUGUUGGCGUUCACAUCCCACAAACUGUACAAGAUGCAGAAAUGCAAUCGUGAAGAUCCUCCACAGACUCCUUCAGCUGCUUCAGCUCCAAAAGCCCAAGAUUCUGUGGAUGCAGGUAACCUCCACUACGCCACCGUCAGAGAGAAGAACGUUAUCAGAUCAAGAAUGCCGAGCGAAGCCAGCGAUGUGUGCACGUACUCUACUCUACAGCGGUAGAGCCGGACGUGGUGAACAUGCAGUUUUCAUUCAUUUGAAACAAAAUGAAUGAAUAAAUCCGAUAUCCUCUACAGUAUCCAACAAAUGCUCUCCAUGUUUCUGAUAAAUGUGUGUAAAAUAAAGAAUAAAACCAACUGGUCUCAGUGUUAGAAGGCUCCAGGAAGAGACCGUGCAACAACCUGGGCAACCGUGAAGACUGCAGAGGUAGCUCAUAGAACAUUUAACAGUAAAAACCAAACCACUGACAUU